AUGCGAGGCAACAUCCGCCUCGCAUUAGUUUGCGUCUCUUCCCUCCUCCUCUUCUCCCUCUACCUCCUCCAAGCCCACCUCCAAGACCUCUGCAAUCAGUACCGCGCCGGCGCAUACGUGGUUGCAUGGCUAGACCGCAACAAUGCCCCAGCGCCCAUCCCCGUAACAACCCAAGACAAAGUCAUCGUCAUGGCAAAGCUAGAAGAAGAACACACAGACUGGGUCGCCCAAGAACUCCCUGAACACGCAUUAACCCAGCUGCCCUCUCAACCCCCCUACAACAAAGGUCACGAGUCCAUGGCCUACUUUACCUACAUAAUCGACCACUACGAGACUCUCCCGUCGACAAUCGCCUUCCUGCACGCCCACCGCGCAGGCUUCCUAAUGGCCUGGCACGUCGACGCCCCGCUGCACGACAACGUGCUGGCCAUGCGCAGCCUGCAGCUGGACUUUGUCCAGCGCAAUGGGUAUGUCAAUCUGCGCUGCAACUGGAAUCCCGGGUGUAAGGGGACGCACCGCUUCAACGCCCAUGUCACAGAGCAGAUCUGGAUGGAGGUCUUUGACGGCACGAGCACGCCGCCGCUGAAUAUGUCUUCGUCGACGCAGGUCGAGGAGCCGGGGGUGCGCUAUGCGAAGCCGGUUGAGAUUGGGGCGGCCUGUUGUGCGCAAUUUGCUGUGUCGCGGGACCAGAUUCGGGCGAGGCCCAGGGAGGACUAUGUGCGGUUUCGGCAGUGGGUUAUUGAUACGGAGUUGAGUGAUGCGCAGUCUGGGAGGGUUAUGGAGUUUAUGUGGCAUAUCAUAUUUGGGAUGCAGGGUGUUUAG